AACCAGGAGUGAUGCUUCUGUUCUGAGAAUGAGCUUCUGAUCCUCUCCCUUCCUGCUCUGUGGGCAGAGUUUUGACCAAGUCAUCUCACAUCUCAUUGUGUGAGGAUCCAAGUGUGGGAGAACAUGGGGACACAAUGACUUUCCUUCAGCCACAGCUUGGUCUUCUGCAGCAAAGAUCAUGUCGUUUCUACUCAUGGGAUUUUACCAAAAGAAAGAUCAUUUCCGAAGUUGCAAGAAAGGCAAAACUGUCUUUAAUGUUGGCAUUAGCUGGACUCUGAACCAUCAGAACAGAUUCUCUGAAAGUGGAAACCCUUCAGCUGAUAGAAGCAAAAGUAAUAAAGGUGGACCUCUUAGCAUUUCUACCAAUAGUUACCAUCUCUUUCUUGCACUACAAAACCUGAAGAUUCCAGAUCUAAUAUUGGCCAAGAGAUAUUUAUGUAGAAAUAAGAAAAAUCUAAAUUUUGUGUCCUUAAGACAUUUGUGACACAUAAUCCCUGUAUUCCCAUGGGUACUGGCAACCAGACUCUUGUUAGUGAGUUUCUUUUGCUGGGUUUCUCCAACAUCACACAUGGCCAAGUCUAUCUUAUCCUGCUGUUCCUCAUCAUCUACUUGGUCACCAUUCUGGGCAACCUCAUGAUCAUCUCCCUCAUCCUGGUGGACUCCCAUCUUCACAGUCCCAUGUAUUUUUUCCUCAGCCACUUAUCCUGCUUGGAUGUCUGCUACUCAACAGUCACGGUCCCCAAGAUCCUUUCAAAUCUCCUUCUCCAAAGGCACACCAUUUCCUACAACCACUGCUUUGCCCAGAUGUUCUUCCUGAUGGCCUUCCCUGGCUCAGAAUGCUGGUUGCUGGCCAUCAUGGCUUAUGACCGCUACGCCGCCAUCUGUCAUCCUUUGCGCUAUUCACAACUCAUGAGUUCAUGUGUUUGCGUGAUAGCAGUCAUUAUUGCCUGGAUCUGGGGCUUUCUGGAUGCAGCAGUUCACACAGCCUUGGCUUCCACCUUCCAUUUCUGUGGAGAACAUCAGAUCCACCACAUCUUCUGUGAUCUUCCACCGCUGUUGAAAAUUGCCUGUGGUGACAAAUUUGUCAGUGAGAUAGCAAUCCACAUAGCCACUGUGUUUGUGGGAUUGGGUCCCUUCCUUUGUGUGGUCAUCUCCUACUUCUACAUCCUUGCGUCCAUCCUGCGUAUCCGUUCCAACACAGGCAGGUACAAAGCUUUUUCCACUUGUAUUUCUCACCUGGUGGUGGUCCUUCUUUAUUUUGGAAAUGGUUCAGUCAACUACAACCAGCCCAGUGCUGGCUACUCCCUGGAGACCGACACUCUGAUUUCUACAAUGUAUUGCAUUGUCACCCCCAUGUUGAACCCCCUGAUCUACAGCCUCCGCAACAAGGAGGUGAAGGGGGCUCUAUGGAAGCUCCUGGAAAGCCACAGGAGAAUAUAGGAUUCUUCUCAGAAGUUGGAAAGACAAGUUUAAAGUCCUUCUUGGGACAUCAAGAACCCAAGUCUUGUUUUUUCCUGAAUAUAUUCAGGACAGAAAAGAUGCAUGAAAAACAACCAAGUGUUUGGUUGUUUCUAUAAUCUGUAGCUUUCAGACUGACCCCCUUCCUGAAGGUUUUCUAUAAACAGAAACAGUCUGUUCUCAGCAACAUGCUUCACCACUUAAAAGCUAGCAGAAACUUUGACAGAAAUAGUGGUUAGCUAGUGCUUACCUCGUUGUUGUUUUUUUUUGAGGUUAGUGUACUCUGCGAACUCCCAGGGUUGUGAAUCCAAUUAUAUUGAUUAUUCAGCAUCUCAAGAACUUCUGACCAAAAGGAGCCACUGUGAGUUAGUGUCACCCAGAAGGCAGAAAGAUUGGUUCAAAAUCUGAUGAGGACCGACAACACCCCAUGGAUCCCAGAUUUUUGUCUUGUUUGGAAGCAAAGAAAUAAGCAGUGGACCUAGGAGAGGCCUUAUCAGAACAGACACAUUCUGAUGGUUCUCGCUUUCCACUGGCUUCCUCGUUCAUGUGGCCAACAUGUCUGUAUGCCAAGGUGCACGGAACACUAUUAUCUUCCCAUCAAAGUGAUACGUAUUCAUCUAUUUACAUUUGCAUGCUUUCAAACUGCUAGGUGGGCAGAGCUGGGGCAAGUAACAGGAGCUCACAUCAUUGCAUGGCGCUUGUCAACGCUGCCAACAUCGGAUGUUUCCGCAUUGACAACAGAUGGAAAUGUAGCCAUCUUUUACCUUUUGCUUUUAGAGCUAGAUGAUGCUGGAAGGGGGGAUGUGAACAAGAGUCCAGCUAGACAUAACAACACUCGACCUAGCAUGAGAAGCAAGGUUAUUGUAACCAGAGCUGAUAAGGACUUGGCAGGCUGGAGAACUGGAGAGGGGGCCAAGCUUUAAGCUAACUGGGGAAUGUGAUUUAUGACAGUUAAUUGAAGGAGGGAAUUGUGAUUUGAUACUAUGUGCUCAGAGGAGGGGAAUUCAGUUUUUGGCUU